UCCUGCUUCUGCCCAUCUCUGGAGGGUUCUGCUCACCAUGCUACUCCUGUUUGUUGUGACUGCCACAUGUUUCCUGGGAACAGACAAGCUGUCUGCAGCUGUACCUACCUGCUUGAUAGGUCACAAAGGGAGAUCAUCAUGUGAGGCAGGUGACCAGCAAACACAGCCGGGCAUGGACAAAGACCCUGCAGCAGGACCUGCGGGAGAGGAGUAAUGAGAACUGGUUCCAGCUGGAGAGGGCAAGCAGGCCCUGCUCUAAAGUCUGAUCCCGGCUUUCUUCUUGGCUCCUCGAAGCACUGAAAGGCCACCAGCAGGGCACCCUGCAGCGUCUCCAGGCUGCACAACUCCACCUCUCUCAGCCCGGCCUCACACAGAGGUGUGAUUUGCUUCGAGCGGAGCCUAGAACCGGCCCGGGCUGUGAAACGCUCCGGAACACAACACACAGGCCCCAUCAAGCCCGGGCGGAGGCGCCGGCUCUCGGCAGCCUCCCACGCCGGGGCCGGGGAAGGAGGGGGGGGGGGAGGUGGUCCGCGGUCCGCCCGCCCCGGGGCCGGCCCAGCGCAGCCGCCGGCUCCGCCCCGCCAGAGCAAGGGCCACAGCGGCGGAGGAAGGAGGGGAGAGGAGCCGAGAGCCGAGCCGAGCAGGUCCUGAAGGUGAAAGAAGAUGGGGUCUGGCUGCCUAAAAGUCACCAAGUAUUUCCUCUUCCUCUUAAAUCUCCUAUUCCUUAUCCUGGGUGCUGUGAUCCUGGGCUUUGGAGUAUGGAUCCUGGCUGACAAGACCAGUUUCAUUGCAGUCCUACAGAUGUCCUCUCCUUCCCUGAAGACUGGUGCCUACAUUCUGAUCGGUGUUGGGGCUCUUACCAUGCUGAUGGGGUUCCUGGGCUGUCUUGGAGCCGUCAAUGAAAUCCGAUGUCUCCUGGGUCUGUACUUCACCUGCCUGAUGAUAAUACUCAUAACUCAGGUUGCUGCUGGACUGGUCAUCUACUUCCAGAAAAAAAUGCUGAAAGAGGAGUUGUCCCGCAUAGUUGAACGCCUGAUUAAAGAUUAUGACCCCAUGGAUGAUGAGCAGAGGAACCUACAAGAUGCGUGGGACUAUGUGCAGAGACAGAUCGCCUGCUGCGGCUGGACUGGAGCAAAGGACUGGGAAAGUAACAAGAUUCUUGCCAACCAAAGCAUGUCUAAGUAUCCUUGCUCCUGCUCCAACAGCUCCAAGGAUGCCCAGGCAGAGAGUGGCUUCUGUGACCUGACUGACCCAGUCAAUGGCACCGCAGCCAACUGGCCUGUGCAUGAGCAGGGAUGCAUGGAUGGUGUGGAAAUGUGGUUGAAGGACAACCUUGGUGUCAUUCUGGGGGUCUGCACAGGUGUGGCUGUUAUAGAGCUGCUGGGGAUGAUUCUGUCCAUUUCCCUCUGCAAGAACAUCCACAGUGAAGACUACACCAAAGUGCCCAAGUCUUGAGUUGGUCGACUCCAGAACUACAGCACCAGGCAGAAAGGAGCAAACAGAACAUUCCUGCCUCAUACCCAGACUGUCCAAACGUUGACCGUGAUUCCUGUGACGUCCCAUUUCUGAUACCACUCUGCUAAGAACUCCCUAGAGCUGCAAUACAGCCUGAUCUGCUGGCAAUAGGGUCCUCAGGCCACCUGCAUCCAGCCUCUGGAUUAUUUCUACUUCAAGAGGCAGAACCUCACUGUCUUGUGUCACAUGAGACACCAUCUAACUUAAGGGGACAAAGCUUUUGCUGCCUGCUCCGUGUUAGUGCUAUGUCAUAUCUCCAUUCUGCAGCCCACUGGACCUAACACACGAUAACUCCUCUCCCACCACAUUCUGUCCCCACACAUCUCUUCCCCUACCUCUCCAAGAAGUCCUCUUUGUCAUGUGAGCCAGGAUUGCUGUUGAGAUCCCAGUGCUUUGGUAGCUUCACCUGCUUCCCUGACUUGUGGUGGUAACUAGUUGUGCUUUCUAGGCCUUCUGCUCCCUUGCAGUGAACCUACUUUGGCUGCUGCUGUGCACCUUCAUCUGAGGUAGUGAGAGCUGCCCUCCUGCUCACGUCACCUGCUUCUGGAGACAGCCUUCAAUCGCGCUCCUCCCUUUUGAGCACGAUGAGAAGCCAUCAGGAGGGAGCUAAGCCUGCCUGAUCUUGGCAUGGCCUGGCAAGUGGCGGUGGUGAUGCUCUGAUGAGAAGCCACUAGGAGGGAGCCAGUCCUGCCUAGUCCCAGCAUGACUUGGGAGACAGUGGUGAUGGUGCUCAGCUGCCUCUGAAAUGGGUUCCUUCUGGGUUAGACACUUCAAUGUUUCUCCUAUUUGACAUUUUCCUCUCCUAGAACUGCUCUGCUGGCUCCUCUCAGCUUGGAGGCACUUCAGAGGCUGCUACAUAGCGUGAACUCAGCCCCAGGCUGGUUCUGCUGGGUGCAUGCUUGGGUUGCCAACUUUUCUAGAGGUUGCAGUUUGCUUGAUUCUUCUCCUGCCCCCUAGAUGAAGGUGACAUUGGUUAGAUGUGGGCUUUGAUCAUGAACAUGGAGGUAUCUGACUGGAUUGCUGAGCUGGAUAUUGGAGGUAUCACUGCUGCUGCCACUGCCCAGUUGAGGUUCUGUGGUUCAGAGACAAGGAUAAGUUCUUUUUAUUUCACUUCCCCAGUCUCCUGACUCCACUGUGGUCUGGAGCCAUGGCUGUGUCUUCAGCUCUGUCCCCAGUGGAAGCAGCUAUGUGGCUGGUCUCGCAGGCUGAGUGGAUUCUGUACCCAGUGGCUGGGCUGCCUGUGCUCCAACCAGCGGGCAGCAGCAAGGAGUAGUGUAGGUAGGACAUGAAUGUGGAAGAACACCCCUAGAUAAGGAAGCUGGGUGCAAAACCUCCCUCUUGGAGGUGACUUGGCCAUCACAGACUUUCUGCAGUUGCACAUGGGUACAAGCACCCUAACAGCAGGAAGCCAUAUGAGAGAGUAGUGGUGGUCCUUGCCUGAGACCUGAUCCAAGGUACUUGGUGAAGGAGCCUUUGCCUUACAGAGGUGGUCCCAGGACUCUCUUGUCAGGGGUGGGGUUGUAGAAGUAAAUAGUUCCAGGGCAUGGCUUCACUGCUUGGUUUUGCUUCUGGGAAGAGAGUCUCAUGCAGGACAUCAGAGUCCCCGUCUCUAGCUUGGUGAGAGUGGCUACAAACUCUGCCCCUGCUGCAGAUCCCCUUCCAGCUGACCUGUGUUAUGGCAGAAGGCACCUCCCUAGCAGCAAAGCUCGCUCGCUCCUGUAGCAUGGAGCCUCUUCUCGCACCUGCUCUUGUCAGGUUCUGCUUGGGUUACAGAUGCCAACUCCCAGCAGCAAGCAAAGAGGAACCCAGGCUGGGUUUCCUCUCUGUUCUCAUCUGGUUUUAGCAACACCUUCCUGCUGGAAGAGGCACAUGUACAGAUACAGAAGUCUCUAGAGGGUGAAUAUUUCUGUAAUAAAGACUUUGCUAAGAAACAAAAAAGAAA